AUGUUCAUGGCUAAGGUCUUUCAUUUUCUCUCAAUAUUCAUAAUUGUGAAUGCUGAUUUGCAAUCUCUUGAUGCUUCAACAUCAGCUUCAGCAGAAGUCUCAGCGAGUACUGCCUUAGCCGUAGCUGAUACUAGUGCUGUUGGACACAUUCGAGCCAAACGACAAUGGGGAGGUUGUUGUGGAGUUGUCAGCAUGUGUUGUUCCAUGCCUCGUCCUAUUCCUGUGCCAGUGCCAGUACCACAACCAGUACCCAUCCCUCAUCCAAUUCCUAUUCCUAUGCCGAUUCCACCUCCAAUACCUCCACCAAUGAUUGGUUUUGGCUCAUGUUGCGGUUGUUGCGUCCCAGUAUGUAUGCCAAUGUGCAUGCGAGGAGGUUGCGGUUGUGGAAUGGGCAUGGGAAUGGGCAUAGGCAUGUAUGGAAGGAAGAAAAGAGAAGCUCUUAUCAGAGCCAACCAUCCUGUAUUACGUCUCUCCUGGGAUAAACCUAUGGAGAAUACAUUUGAAUAA